UAGAAUUAGAGACAAAACCAAGAAGAGGAAACCUUUGCAACCCUUCCUCCCAGAAGAAUGUAUUUUUUGGUGAUCCUGGCUUUUCUAGGACGAAUUACUGGUGAGACUUUCUUUCAUCUUCAUGAAAAUGGAAAUUUCACACUUACGUGCAAUGGAACACUGGCUAAUGGGAAGAAGGAAACAGUUUGGUAUGAAGCUGAAGAAUCUCUGCAACAAUUCCAAGUAAUCAACUGCAGUAAUCAACUGCCCAAAGUAAUCAAUGGAUCAAACAAACGCUCUGAUAAAACAAAGUGUACAAACCGAUUAUCAACUUCUGCUUCCAAAGCUGGUGGGGUAUUUGCAUGUGAGCAAUUUACAAAUACUGGAACAUCACAGACUUGCCCACUUUUUACCAAUGUGACUCUCUGCAGACAUUAUAACUUUUUUAUUGUGGUGAUGAUAAACCUGACUGCAGAUAAGGAGACAUUUGAGACCAUUCCGGCAAAAUCACACAAUAAUCAUUUAGUAGUAGAAGAAAGUAACAUCACUCUCUCGUGUGACUUUCAAAUGAAGCAAGGAGGACAAUCAUUUGUUAUAUAUUGGAUCAAAUAUACAGAAACAAGCAAAUGCCUGUUUUCUGCUGCAAGAGAGCCAUAUAGUUUCUCGUAUAAUACACAUUGCUGUAUUGAUGAGAUGAUCGAAGGACGACUAUUGAACUAUACAAGCUUAGAUUCAGAUGAGAAACAUGUAGUCCACAAUAUAACUAUCUUGAAUGUUACUGACUCUGAUAGUGGAACUUAUUUAUGUGUUGUAAAUACCUGGUCAGGAGGAAAACAUGUGUGGAAGAUUGCAAAUAACCUUUCUAUAGAAGCAGCAAAGAUCCAGACUAACACGGCUACCCCUCUGAUACUUUCUAUAGAAGUGAGGAAUCGAGCCAUUCCAUCCAGUGCUUCCGUGCCAUUGUAUGUCACCACUGGAUUGAUCGUAGGGAUUAUUAUCAUCAGUGGGAUAGUAUGGCUGAUCUAUAAAAAGAAAAUCAAAUCAAAAGGAAAGCCAUCUGCACAACUUCCCAGAGCUCAGGCUGCUCUUGAAAUUUCUGGAGAUGAAUGUUCCCCAUACGCAGUGAGCAGCAGUAAAGACUUUCAAAGAAAUGAAGUGUUGUAUUCACUUGCAACGAGCCCAUAUGAGGAUCCAAAUUCAGCCUAUUGUACAGUGGAUAAUACUGCAGCAUCUGGCAAGGGGCCAGGAGAUGAAAUACAUACAGUCUAUGGAGUGGUGCCACAAUAGCUGUUCCUGUAAGUGACAUUGCAAAUAGAACCACCCAGGAGCUGGAGAAUGGAAGUCGGUUUGAAAAUGACUAUCAGCUUUUGGCUGAUUUUAGAGGAAAAAACCCAGCAUAGUAGCCUUGACUACCCAGUUUUCACUAUUCAAUGAUCUAUCUUACAAAAUAUUAUGAGGCAGAUCCUCUGCUGAUAUAAAUUCUCAUAGCUCCAUUAUGAAGCUAUGACAGUUUGCACCGGAGGAACAUAGGAAUUGUCACACUCAGACCAUUGGUUCAUUUCAUUCAGAAUCCUGUCUCCGGCAGUGGCCUUCACCAGGUAUGUCAGAAGUAGAUGCAAGAAUCCCCAUAAUGGACAAUUAUGGCACAACUUGCUCACAGGGGAAGUUUCUCCUCAACACCUAUCAGCUACAGGUUGGCUAUACCCUGAAGGAAGAGGGUUUUAAAGCCCUUAUAGAUCUUAUCCUGUCUAAUGUAUGAAAACCUUUAUAAAUGAACGAUUGCUUUAGGAACAAAGAUCUUUAUUUGCCUCCAGUUUUACAGUGAUGUAAUUCUGUUGGCUCCAUUGGAGAUAUUCCUGCUUUACAUUGGUAUAAGUGAGAGGAGGAUCAGACACUUACACACUCAGGUGUGAUUACUAGAACAGGCAGAAUCAAUUAAGGACACUAUUAGCCCCUACCAUAAGUUUUUCUUCUUUAAAACAGGCACAUUGGAUAUAAUGUUGUGAAAGGAGACUGGGGUCCUUUAUGUAUACCCAGAAAAGGUGCAGCACAAACCAUGUUCCAGGAAUCAGAGCCAGCAGCAGGGCCACUCUCCUAGUAACCUAACAAAAACAGCUCCCUGUAGUUGGCUGCCUGAUUGACUACACCGCCUGAUUGGUUUGACGUGUCAGUAGCCCAGCACUUAAGCCCAGCAGCAGUUCCGUGUCUCUUCAAAUCAUGUACUCGUGGCUGAGUUAGCUCCUGUGUGUGCUUGUUCUAGUCCUGCCUGACUUCCACUAGGUGUGACUGCCCAUGUCCUGGCCACUGACCCCAUGCCAGUGCCAGUGUCCUCACAUAAGCCUUUUUAGUCAUCACAAAGGUGAGAGGAACCUCUGCUGGGAUGAGAGGAUAGUUGUAUCUCUGUGCAUAUUUAAAUCUUCAGUCCACUGGAAUUUCCAUAUUCUCCAUUUACUUUCCCCUGCCCACCUCAAAAGCUUGACACUGAGUGAAGUGAUCCUCUUUCAAGAGUCUGUUGGCUCCAUUCUGGAUGCUCAGAUGGGAUGUCUUUGCAGGGGUGCUGGGAGGGGGGUGGUACCAUUGAACCAAACUGUAAACCCUGUAUAUAAUGGAAACUACUACUCCUUCAAGCCAGGGGUGUGGCAGCACCCCGAGCAUCUCUAGUUCCAGCACCUAUGUGUCUUGUAGUGUUCCCAUCCCUUGCUGGUCUGGGUAGGGUGACCAGAUAGCAAGUGUGAAAAAUUGGGACACUUUAUUUUUUGGGGGAGUGGCCUAUAGUUGCCCGUAUAAGAAAAAUCCCCUAAUAUCGAGAUGUCUAGUUACCCUAGGUAUGGGGAACUUGGGGCCUGAACUUGGACACUGUGAUGCAUUGCAUAGCUACAAGCUCACCCAGAUGGCUUUGGUGGUGCAUUCUGGAAUAAAAUAGGCUGUGACCUACGAUUGUCAUGUUAGAUUAUUAGACAGGCUUUGGAUUUGUAAUGAUUUCAUCACUACCAAUGUGAGCUGGAUUAUUCUACACCAUGUUUGUGAAAACUAGUAUUUCCUUGUAUCCUACCUUUGUUUUCCUUUAUAUAAAGGGCACUACACAGGCUACUGAGCUAUAAAGGCCAUACACACCAAGGGGUUUUAAUGAUAUUGUGCUAACCACACGAGGGAAGGUUGAGUAGCUCUUGCUGUGAUAGGAACCCAGAAGUGUGUGUGUAAUUUUUAGCUUUAUUCACCAACUUCCUGUCUCGUGUUUUUACUUAAUUGAAGGAUAUGAAUGGGAAUAUCAUGGCUUUCUAAAAAAAAAUCAUAUAUAAAAUAUGUCUUCCCUUCUACAAUUUUAUAAAAAAAAUCGGAAAGAAA